ACGAAAGCUGUCUAACUUAAACAGCUGAAUGAAGCCAGCGAGUGAAACCAGUCAUCUGAUCCUCGUGAAAGCUGAUCCAAAUUUUAAACUCACCGUAACUUCAUUCUGGCAGUAAAAACACAAACAAAGUGGCGCACAGAGUUAAUAAUACCAAGGCGUCGUUAAGCCCUGUUAGAACAGCUACCAGCAUCUGCUAACAGCAGCUAGGCUAGCUUAAGCGAGCUAACCGGCAUACCGUCUUUACGGUCAGGUAGCCGGUCUAUGAGUGCUUUUUGUCGGCGUUAAUGAUUGACGGAAGAGAUGAUUGCCCAGUGAGCCAACACAGGCUACUGACACCUCGAGUAUCUGGCAGUUAAGGAGGACUACCCUUGCAUUAAGCUAACGAUAACGGUUGGGUUAACGGCUAAAGGUAGCUAGCAGGAACGUCAGGUAGCUCGGGGCUUCAACGGUCAAGUGAUGGCCAGUAAUCCCACAGCGGGCUCUACCUGCCAGGCUAAGGGGGAUAACAAACCGGGAUGGGGGUCCAGUUCUGGACGCUCAAGUCGCCACAGGUCCGAGUCAGAGUGCGAUGGUGCCCCGACUGUCAAAAACUUAGCUCGGCUUUGCAGCAGGGACGAAGAGGAACGAGCAGCGGCUCUGGAGGAGCUCAGCCAAGGGGUGCUGUUGUGUUUGGGACUGGACCGGCGCGGUUCCGCACGUCUGACUGAACAAACACUGCUACACCUGCUCCGGUUGUCCCGGUCGUGCCCGCUGCAAGAGGUUCGGGGGAGAGCAACCAAGCUCCUGCGCACCGCUCAGGAACAAGGUAUUGAAGUACCUCGGGCUCUGGCAUCGGGCCCAAGCGCAUUCAUUCCUGCGAAAGAGAUUUUGAAAGAAGGUCCAGACCAGGACAUCCUCAUCGAAUCUUUCCUUUCAAUGGGUCGCGUCGACCACAUCACCAUGGUGAUGGCGCUGCACCCUGCAUAUCUGAGCUGCUUUUUGAGGACCCAGCAUGCCUUGUUGGAGAUGGAUGGCCCCUUGCCCCGUCACUGGCGACAUUACAUUGUUGUUAUGGCGGCGGCGCGACACCACUGCUCGUACGCCGUGCAGCAACACAGUGCAGGCUUCCUGGAGUUCGGGGGGGAGGAGAGCUGGCUUAGCAGCCUCAAACAGGCGCCCACCAAACUCCGCAGCCUGCAAACACUCAACAGGCUGCUGGCACACAGACCCUGGCUCAUCACACAGCAGCACGUACAGGAGCUGGUGUGUCCCGGAGCCUCGCCUCGCUGGUCAUUGGCUGAACUCAUACACGCCGUGGUGCUCAUGGCUCAUGCUCACUCCCUCUGUUCUUUUGUAUGGGGCUGCGGCUUAAACCCUGAACCCGACCACAUCGGAGGUUACACCUUCCAACUUCCCUCACCCAGUCACCCUCCUUGCAGCCCUCAUAGCCCUGCUCAUGAGGACGGCAGGCAAGAGUUUGUUGAUGGAGCGAUGGAGGUGGAGGUGUUGAUGCAGAGGAUGGUGGAGCUGCAGCAGCAGCAGGAGGAGGAGUGCACACAGGAGGAGAUGGUUACUCGCUUUGAGAGGGAGAGGAGCGAGAGCAUACCGACCGCGGUGGUGCGAGGAGCGCCACCUGACCUGGUGCUGCGUCUGGUGGAGGAUCAAGAGUUUAGAUAUGAGGACUUUGCACCCAAGGGAGAACAGUCACCAAACACCAUGAGAGCCCAGGAUUAUUCAUGGGAGGACCACGGCUUCUCUCUCCUCAACAGACUACUGCCAGACAUGGGCCAGCUCCUGGAUGAAAAAUUCCAGGUUGUGAGCAACUUGACCUACAACAGAAUGGCCAUGCAUGAAGAUGUUGACACUCACACUCUGAGGAAAGCUCUGUGGAAUUACAUCCACUGUCUGUACGGGAUACGCUACGACGAUUACGACUACGGCAGCGUGAAUGUGCUGUUGGAGCGCUCGCUGAAGGUGUUUGUUAAGACCAUGGCCUGUCACCCGGAGCAGACCACAGCACGGGUUUAUCACGCAUUCUGGAGACACUUCAGACACUCGGAAAAGGUUCAUGCAAACCUAAUAGUGAUGGAAGCCCGGCUACAGGCAGCCCUACUUUAUGUUUUACGAGCCAUCACACACUACAUGAGAUGACGCUCUCUCUCGCUUUCACUCGUUUUGCAGAUGCUGAGCCAGCUGUGACAUACCACAGCCUAAUGCAUAUUACACACACUCACACACACACCAAAACACACACAAACGCACACACUACAAUGAAUGUUUGUAAAUGCAUAUCUUAAGUUUCAGUGUUAAUGUUUUGAAGCUGCUUUGCGACUGGGAUAUCUGAUAUUUUAAAAUUGUUACUUAUUUUUGCACUGAAAUCUAUCAGGUUGUGUUUAUCCACUUGAGCCUCAAGUGUUGUUGUGAAUAUCUUGCACAUAUUUCUGUCACAUAAGACAUAUCGACAAGCUACUUGCUAGGUAGAAUUAGGUCUGGUAUAACUAAAUCAGAUUCUAGGGUUUGACAUAUCUGUUGAAGCUAAUAAUCAUAGACAUCAAGACUACUCAUGCCUCAGUCCUCUAUUUCAGCCCACAGAGGCUAAAAUCAAAACAGACAAAAUAGCUUGUAUUUUCAUAUACAAUAAACUUACUUUGUUAUCAAACUGAAAAUGA